CCACGUUCUGUGAACUUCCUAACCCUCCAUUUUUGAGAAGCACGCGCAAAUACGACCGCAUUUUUAAGAAGUUGGCGUCCCCUCUCGUUUCUAGAAGUAUAUUUAGAUUACUUCUUGGUGUUUAUUUACAGUGUCGAGAUUUUUAAGCAGUGAAAAGUUACAUAUUUGGGAAGUGAUGGCUGAUGCAAGUGCAAAAAAUCUCAAAAGGAAAGGUCCAAAUAAUAAAUUUCCUUCAAAGAAAACAAAACUUGAAAAUGGUGGGUUGUCUCCCGCCAACAAAAAGGGUCCCGCGCAAAACAAAAAUAGUUCGGCGCAGAACAAAAAUAGUAAUCAGAAUAAGAAAAAUGCUUCUCCUAAAAAGGUGAAACCUUUUAUUGGUACAGGCCCUAUUAAAAGCAAACCAAAGCAAGAAAAAAAUAACGAUAAAGAAGGAAAGAAAAAACGAAGGUCAAUGUAUGCCGAUCUGAAACUGGCAGCUAACAAAGCCGCUGGUAAAAAUGACUCAGAGGUAUUGAAAGAAAUUAAAGUAAGGAUCGAGACCAUAAGCUCAAGGGGCGAACUUUCGAAAUCGGCAAAGAAGAAGCUUGCAAUACUCAAAACAUUGCAGUCAAUAGUUGAAGGUACCAAAGUAGCCAAGGUAAAUCAGAACCCAAAGCAAAAAAAUAUAAAACCAGAGGCGAAAAACAAAAGCGGUGCUCAAAAAGGGAUAUCAAAGGGUGGUCAGAAAGGAAUAUCAAAGGAUGCUCAAAAAGGGAUAGCAAAGUCCCAACCAGAAGAGGAAGAGCCAGACAAUGAUGAUGAUUCAGCCGAAGAGGAAGAAUCUGAUGAAGAAGGUGCCGCCGAUUCAGGUGAAGACAGCGUGGCUGACGAGGAUGAUUCAGAUGCAGAAGAGGAGGAUGAUGACGAAAAUGACAAUGACGAGGAUGAUGAAGGUGAUGAUGACGAAGAAUCUGAAGAAGAACAACAGCCUCCCCCAAAGGAUGAGCAAAAAUCGCAAACGAAUAAUAGUAACGUCAAAAAAUCCAUACCCCACUUCAAGGGAGACCCUGAACAAAUCGACCAAGCGAAAAAGAAGAAUUCAAGAUUUGUGUUGUUUGUGGGAAAUGUUCCGUACGACGCUACCAAGCAAGAUUUACACGCGCAUUUUAGCAAAGCUGGUGAAAUUGUGCACAUUCGUAUUCCUUUAGGCAAAGAAACUAAAAAACCUAGGGGAUUUUGUUAUGUUGAAGUUAAAGAUGAACAUGCGUACCAGCAAUGCUUGUCAAUGCAUCAUACUCAACUCAAGGGAAGGCGAAUUAAUGUGUUGUAUACGCAAGGCGGCAAGAAAAACUCCGAAUCGAAAAAGAAAAACAUUAAAGUGAAAAAUAUGAAACUUCAUGCCUUGAGGAAACAGGGUAAAUUGGUUGGCAGCGUGAAACAAAAUCAGAAACGAUCAUUCAGGAGAAACAAAAGCAAGGCUGUUAAGGUUGAAAAGGAAUAAUCUUUUAUUAUAUAUUAUAUGUUAUUAACGUUAUGUUAUGCUAUAUACACGUAAACUGUGUGGUUAGACGUUAUCUGUAUAAUAUGCACCAAAUUCUAAUGUUCGGUGAGAACUGCAAUAUUUUGGUUUGUCAAUCAAACUGUUAAAUCUGAUUUCAAUUAU